AUUCGACCAUCAAGUCCCGAAACGAAGCAACAUAGCGGUAGUAGAAUCGACUCGAUUCAUUCCACUUCACAGGAUGGCAUCGACGACCUCCGGUGGAGACGACUCCACCUUUGACGAUGCAAACGCGAGCAAUUUCCACGUUGGCGAAUCCCUCGACUACAGCCAGAUCGGCACCGCCGAUUCGUACUACAACCACACCGACGACGGUGCUUCCUCGUCCGUGACGGCCGGGCACACAUACAACAUGUACCGGCACCAGGAUGCGACCGCGAGCGUGCACGAGAUGCACCUGGCCCUUCUCUACCUGCUCUCGAAUCCGGAAGAAUUCAAAAAGGCCCUGAGCGCCCAUCCACUGAGUGGCGCAACAACACUAGACGAAUGGAACGCGGAAAUAGAAGACGAGGACGAAGAAAGCGUCAUGACGUCAGGACUUCCGGUCACCGCGCUACCGUUCAUCGUCUUUGCCGACGAUGCCGAGGUAGUCCUCCCCCAGGCGCACACGGCAUCGCAACUUUUUGGCAUCGAAAAGGUGGAGGGAAUAGAGCUAGAAGCUGCCGCGGGGAUUCCUGCCCUCUCGCAGUUGUUUCUUAGAUGGUUAGGUGAGUACCGGAAGGGUUUGCAGGAGAGAAUGGGUGCCGAAACAUGUUUUUAGUCAAUCCGCCGGCUACGUUCGUUUUCAAUACCAUCGAAUCGUUUUGAAACACAGACAACGCUGAGAAAGAGCAGGUGCAUGUAUCAUAUUGCACUUAAUCGAGAAAAUAACCCGCUUUGACUGAAUUGCUCUUGUACCCAUAACUAUUUUGCGAUUGAUCCUUCGACAGCCUUGAUGCCUGGUGGAGACCAUUUGAACAUUAUUGACCCUCCCGGGCUGACAGUGAUGAGAAUAGCCGGUGGGCGAUACCGUGUCACGGCUGCCCACCGUGUCGUUUGGACGUGGAUGAACGAGUUUGCAAACAUGUCCUUCGAUGGUGGGCUGAGCGAAGAUGCGCCUGCGGAAGAAGAAUCCGAUCUCCAGGUAGGAGAUCUUGUGACACUGACCAUUGUAGAUGUCUUUGAAACCGACAACCAAGGAAAGCUACUGUCUUACUGCCCAACCUUCGACAACCGAGCUAUUCGGAAAACGAACCAAACAUCGGAGACGAUUAAGAAAUCAUCGACCAAAUUGUUCUCGAUAUUAGGCAGAGCAAGAAGGGCCGUAGCAAAGUCGGAAGUCAACAAACGAGCGUCAGAGCAGAUUACCAAAAUGGGUCUCAUGCAACACGCGAAAAAUGUUGCAGAAAAUGUUAAGCACAAGGUGGACGAAGCUGUACAGCAAAUGAAUUCACCCGCGAAAGGAGCAAGCAAGAAGAACGCAAACGAAAUUACCGAUUCAAACCAGUUUGAAGCGGCAAUAUCUGCAGCCGAAAAAGACACUUCCGAAGCCGUUGCAAAAGAUAUGUACGCGAGUGUGGUUAGCACCGAUGUCGAAGACGCUACCGAGAGAUCCGAACCUGACGUCACAAGAAUAUGAAGAAUAUCAAAUGACUUUGUCGAGAAAUG